AUGGCCGACAGCCAGAUGCCCUUCUCCUGCCAUUACCCCGGCAGGCGCAGCAUCCGCGACCCUUUCCGGGAGCCCGGCUUGACCUCGCGCCUGCUGGACGAUGAUUUCGGCAUGUCGCCCUUCCCCGGGGACCUGACGGCGGACUGGCCCGACUGGGCUCGGCCCCGGCUCACCACCACCUGGCCAGGUCCCCUGCGUGCCGGCAUGGCCCGCGCCUCCACCAUGGCCCCCAGCUACGGUGCCCGCUUCGCCGAGAGCCGCAGCCCCGUGCCCUUUCCCCGUGAGCCCUGGAAGGUGUGUGUCAACGUGCACAGCUUCAAACCCGAGGAGCUGACGGUCAAAACCAAGGAUGGCUACGUCGAAGUGUCAGGCAAACACGAGGAGCAGCAGGUGGAAGGAGGGAUCGUCUCCAAGAACUUCACCAAGAAAAUCCA